AUGAAAAAGGAAGCCCAUGACCCAAUUCACAGAGGCAGUGAGGAGCAGGUGGAAUGCGUGUGUCCCUCGGGGUCUUGGCCUGUGUCAGCAGAAUUUCAUUCAUCCCUUUUGCCCUUUGUUAUCCUGGGGUUCCUAAGUCCAAGUGUGGCCUCUGACCAGGUUCUGGGAGUGAGGAGGAGGAGGUCCUGGUACCUCAGGGCUGGCUCUUUUCAGGAGACCCUUUGGGUGCUGUCUUUCUGUGUGUUGGAAUUUAGGGGAAGGACAGCCCUUGCCCAGAACCACAUGGUCAUGUCCAUCCUUCUGGAAAUUCUGCUCCAGAACCCCAUGUUACUUUGGCAGGGUACCUGUCCUUCUUUCUUCUUUAGUGUAGCUGCCAGGCCCUGGGAGCCCCCAGACUCAACCUCGUUCAAAGUGUCCCUGUUAGAAUGUAGCCCCGUGCUGCAGAGAGGUCAAAACAGCCCCUCAUCUUCUGAAACCAGCCUCCGCAUCAGGCAUCACACCAGCUCCUCCUCCCGGCCUUCGGUCCCUCCCCCUCACCACGCCCACGUGGCCUGCCUCCUACGCACGCGCAGAAAACGGGGGAGGGGAUCUUGGAGCCAACUAGAGGACCGUCCCCGAAAUCGGAGCUCCUGCGCCUGCGCCCCCUCUGGACCGCGUCGGCCUGGCGCCCAGAGCGCUCCUUCGCCUCCCUUCCCGCCUCUGGAGUUCUCUACCCCCCCACCCCUCCCAUCCCCCUGCCCCGUCCAAAGCCGCCCAAGAGCAGUGCGCAUGGGCUCCCUCCAUCCCCGCCCCCAGCGCCUUUCUUCUGGCUCCCGGGCCCCGGGUCCCGCCCUCGUGCGGGACGUGGUGACGUCAGGGCGUCGCAGCGCGCGGGGGGCCCGAAGCAAGGCGGUUGGCGGGCGGAGCAGUGACGUCGGUUAUUUAGCCCCGCCCCCUCGCGUCUGCUCUUCUCGCUCCUCCCGCUCCCACUCGUGCUCCUGCUCCCGUUCGCCUCUGCGCGGCCCGGCCGCGGUCCCCUCGCCUGCGUCGGGCGCCGCAGCAGCCAGCUCUGCAAGCCGCAUUCUUCCCUCCGGCCGCACGCGAGCCCUGAGGCGGCGCGUGGCGCAGGCCUGGGCCGUUGGCGAGCCGAGCGGAGCCGAGAGGAGCCGAGCGGCGGCGGCGGCGGCGGCGGCGGCGGCGGCGCGCACCGCUGUGCGCCUGCGCGAGGCGGGAGCGCCGGCCGGCCCCUCCCCUCCUCCUCUUGGGCGCUCCGGGUCCCUCUGCUCCCCUUCCCCUGCAGUGGUGGACUGCCCGGUCUGCAAACAGCAAUGCUUCGCCAAGGACAUCGUGGAGAACUAUUUCAUGAGAGACAGUGGCACCAAGACCUCCACGGACACCAAGGAUGCCAACCAGUGCUGCACCAGCUGCGAGGACAAUGCACCUGCCACCAGCUACUGUGUCGAGUGUUCAGAGCCCCUGUGUGAGACGUGUGUGGAGGCCCACCAGCGGGUCAAGUACACCAAGGACCACACAGUUCGCUCCACUGGCCCCGCCAAGACUCGCGAUGGGGAGCGCACUGUCUACUGCUCAGUCCACAAGCACGAGCCGCUGGUCCUCUUCUGCGAGAGCUGCGACACUCUCACCUGCCGGGAUUGCCAGCUCAAUGCCCACAAGGAGCAUCAAUACCAGUUCCUGGAGGAUGCUGUGAGAAACCAGAGGAAGCUCUUGGCCUCCCUGGUAAAGCGCUUGGGGGACAAGCACGCCACCCUGCAGAAGAACACCAAGGAAGUGCGCACCUCGAUCCGCCAAGUGACUGACGUACAGAAGCGGGUGCAGGUGGAUGUGAAAAUGGCCAUCCUGCAGAUCAUGAAAGAAUUGAACAAGCGCGGCCGAGUGCUGGUCAAUGACGCCCAGAAGGUGACAGAGGGGCAGCAGGAGCGCCUAGAACGCCAGCACUGGACCAUGACCAAGAUCCAGAGGCACCAGGAGCACAUCCUGCGCUUUGCCUCCUGGGCCCUGGAGAGUGACAACAACACAGCCUUGCUGCUGUCCAAGAAGCUGAUUUACUUCCAGCUGCACCGUGCCCUCAAGAUGAUUGUGGACCCCGUGGAGCCCCAGGGGGACAUGAAGUUCCAGUGGGACCUCAACGCUUGGACCAAAAGCGCCGAGGCCUUCGGUAAGAUUGUUUCAGAGAGGAGUGGUCCCGGUUCCAUGGCCCCUCCCCGGCCCCCUGGCAAGCCUGGAGGGAAUCAGGCCAUGGAUCUGCAAGAAGGUUAUGGGAGCUACGGCCCAGAUGAUCCCUACAGUGCUGAGCCCAAUGUGUCUGGAAUGAAAAGGUCCAGAUCGGGUGAGGGUGAAGUGAGUGGCCUCAUGCGGAAGGUGCCCAGGGUGAGCCUGGAGCGCCUCGAUCUGGACCUGACGGCAGACAGCCAGCCCCCAGUCUUCAAGGUCUUCCCAGGGACCACCAAUGAAGACUACAACCUCAUUGUCAUCGAGAGGGGGGGCCAGCCAGGGGCACCAGGGGGUCCUCCUAUGCCACCCAUGGCCAUGGUCAAGGAGGAAGAGACAGAGGCUGCCAUCGGUGCCCCCCCAGGGGUGGAGGGCCUAGAGACAAAGCCACUGCUGCUGCCUGCCCUGGAGGCCUCAGGGCCCGAGGGCCCCCACCUGGCCUCCCCCAGCGGCAGCACCAGCUCUGGCCUGGAAGUGCUGGGAGGCCCCGACGCAGCCGCUGCCGUGGCUACUGCUGCCACUGGUGGCCCCGGAGCCGUGGAUGACAGUGCCACCAUCUGCCGUGUCUGCCAGAAGCCAGGGGACCUGGUGAUGUGUAGCCAGUGUGAAUUCUGCUUCCAUUUGGAGUGUCACCUGCCAACCCUGCAGGAGGUGCCUGGGGAGGAGUGGAGCUGCUCCCUGUGCCAGGAGGUGGUGGACUGCAAAGAUGAGGUCCCUCUUCCUGGCCCCGAGAGUGUGGCCUUGACCCCCGAUGGGGACAGCUGCCCUGCCAAGCUGUCACCUACUAACCAGCAGAAGUGUGAGCGUGUGCUGCUGGCCUUGCUCUGCCAUGAGCCGUGCCGUCCCCUGCACCGACUGGCCACGGACCCCACGCCCUCAGCGGAGCAGCCGGGCACUCUGGACCUCACUCUGAUCCGCGCACGCCUCCAGGAGAAGCUGUCGCCUCCAUAUAGCUCCCCACAGGAGUUUGCCCAGGAUGUGGGCCGCAUGUUCAAGCAGUUCAACAAACUCACAGAGGACAAAGCUGAUGUCCAGUCGAUCAUUGGCCUUCAACGCUUCUUUGAGACUCGCAUGAACGAGGCUUUUGGGGACACCAAGUUCUCAGCUAUUCUGGUGGAGCCCCUCCCUCCCCCUAUCCCAGGCCCUGGCCUGGCCCCUCCAGAGCUGGUGGGGGGCCCCAGCGACGGUAACUGAGCCCCCACCUUGCCCCAGAAUGGCUCCAUCAUCCCCUCACUCAUUCCUUCCUUCACCUGUUGGUCCUUCUGUAUCCUAUCCCCAGAUGCAGUUUUUACUUCUCUGAUUUAAUAAAAACGUAACCCAGGAGACAAGGUCACACAGACCCAGAGCAAGCGGGGUGUCCUGGGAGUCCCUGGCAAUAGGGCUGGCUGGUGGGCACGGUGGCUUCCUGGGCCGCCCUGGCUGGAGCAGAGUUCCCUCUCCCCUUAGUGGGAGGCUUCUCUGGGAGGCACAGCUUGCUGCCCAGGGACAGGAGAGGACUCCAGCCUGAGGGUCCUUCCCCCUUCCAUUUAGAGUAGACAGUCUUCCCUCUUAGGGCCCUCACACCCGCUUCUGGCCCCUCAAGGUCUGAACGGUUGGGAAGUAGGGUUAGUUUUUCCUGACAAUCUCUCCCAGAAGGGGCUUUGGGGGGGGGGGGCGCCCCACCUAGGUGAGGCCCAGGAGCUGUCAACUUUUCUUUGUCCUCUGCUUCUUGUACUGAGCUUGGAGUUCACUGAAACACCCAUCCAAUAAACUUGCCAGCCAUGCCUCUCUCUGCCUCGA